ACCGUCCGGAACUGAAGAUGUAGUACGUGUUUAUGCUGAAGCAUCUACGCGUGAAGAUUGUGAUGAGUUAGCAUUUAAAGUUGCAGGACUUGUUUAUGAUGAAGCUGGUGGUACUGGAGGAAGACCUUCCGA